CCUGGAGGUCUGGGGGACGUGCUUCUCUUUCCGUUCUCGCCUGCUUCCGUCGAAUCUCACGUUCACACGUCUCAAAGAGUCGCGCAUUUUUCCGCCUUCGUAUUCCACUAACGUAAGACUAACAUGUCUCCUCCAACAUAUAAUGAUCUAGGAAAGAACGCUCGCGAUGUAUUUGGUCAAGGUUACCAUUAUGGCGUCCUUAAAUUGGAUGUAAAAACUAAGACCAAUUCCGAUGUAGAGUUUUCUUGCGGUGGAAUAUCUAAUCAGGAUACAGGAAAGGUGUUUGGUAACUUAGAAACUAAAUAUAAGUUCAAGGAAUAUGGAUUAUUAUUCAACGAGAAAUGGAAUACUGAUAAUACCCUUUCGACUGAAGUUACCCUUGCUAAUCAAUUGAUCAGUGGUCUGACUCUUGGUUACUGUUGUACUUUCUCUCCACAAUCUGGUUCCAAAACUGGAAAAUUGAAAGCAACCUAUAAGCAUGAGAAUGCAGCCAUAACUUCUGACUUUGACCUUAGCCUAUCUGCUGGACCUCUAAUUUAUAGCUCAGCUGUUGUAGGUUAUCAAGGCUGGUUCGGUGGCUGUCAAAUAGGAUUUGACUCACAAAGAAAUAAACUUAUAAGGAACAACUUUGCUGUUGGACUUGCUGCUUCAGACUUUGUUCUUCAUACUUCUGUGGAUAAUGGUCAGGAAUUUAAUAGUUCCAUUUAUCAUAAAGUAAAACCAGAAUUAGAAGGAGCGAUUAAUUUAGCAUGGAAUGCCGCUCAUAAUGUAACAAAUUUUGCCAUUGGAGCAAAGUAUAAUCUUGACAGUGAUGCUAGCGUUAGAGCUAAAGUAAAUUCUAAUCUUCAAGUAGGCUUGGGAUACCAACAGAAAUUGCGAGAAGGUGUAACUUUGACACUUUCUACAAGCAUUGAUGGAAAAAAUUUUGGAUCUGGUGGCCAUAAAUAUGGUGUUGCAUUAGACCUUCAAGCUUAAAUAUCUGUCAUUACAAAGUAACUCUUAUUACAAAGAAGCAAAAAAGAAAUUUAUCCUACACAAAAAAGUAUCUCAUGACCUUUGUGUCAAAAUCGGCAAUAUAUGCUUUGAAUAAAGUAUUACUUGUAACGUAUAGAUAGAUUGAUUCUUGAAUAAUUAUUGCAAAAUAUUUGCAUUAUUUCAGAUUAGUUGAAGGAAAUAUUAGUCUGCUAUAUUAUACAUAACUAUGAUCGUAAACUAAUAAUAGCUUUGAUCGAUGAACAAUAUAAAAUCAUAAUUAUGCUGAUUAGACAAGUUUGUACUGUUAGUCUUAUUUAGUCCCUACAAUACUUUAUAUGUGCAGCUUGUUAGAUCCUGCUAUCCUUUUCAUAAAAACAAAAAAUUGGGAAUAA